GAGAAGGAGGGAGGGGAGAGGUAACGGGAACAGAGAGAGAGAGAAGCAGCCUGCCGAGCUGGUGCCCCUGAAAACAACAGCGGAGCCCACCAUCUGCAGCAGCAGCAGCAGCAGCAGCAGCAGCAGCAGCAGCAGCAGCUCCUCCGCCUCCUCCUGCGCCGAGAAAAUAGGCCACAUCCUUGCCGCCCGCAUAAAGCAGCAGCGAUGGGAGUGGAAGGCUGCACCAAGUGCAUCAAAUACCUCCUCUUCGUCUUCAAUUUCGUCUUCUGGUUGGCAGGAGGAAUAAUUCUAGGUGUGGCAUUGUGGCUUCGUCAUGAUUCGCAGACCUCAAGUAUCUUGGGAUCAACGCUAGAUGACCAGCCAGCUCCUAGCACAUUCUAUGUUGGAAUCUACAUCCUGAUUGCUGUUGGAGCAGUGAUGAUGUUCGUGGGUUUCCUGGGCUGCUAUGGUGCCAUUCAGGAAUCACAGUGCCUUCUUGGAACAUUUUUCACAUGCCUCGUAAUCUUGUUUGCUUGUGAAGUGGCUGCUGGAAUCUGGGGCUUCGUUCAUAAGGAUCAGAUUGCCAAAGAUAUCAGACAGUUCUAUGACCAAGCGGUACUCCAAGCAAAGUCAAGUGACCCUGAUAAAGCAAACAAGGCAAAGACAGUUGUGAAAACCUUCCACGAAACACUAAAAUGCUGUGGUGGAAGCGCCCUGGAAACUGCACUCAACAUGCUUCAACCUGAUCUCUGUAGUCAAACUGUGAGUUCAGCACUUACGCAGGACCUAAGCUGUCACCAUAAAAUUGAUGAGCUGUUCUCUGGAAAACUGUACUUGAUUGGCAUUGCCGCCAUAGUGGUGGCUGUGAUCAUGAUCUUUGAGAUGAUCCUGAGCAUGGUGUUGUGCUGCGGCAUCCGAAACAGCUCGGUCUAUUGAGAAGCGGGAGGGCAGAGGCGAAGCAAUGGUGCCGAAGAGACCCCAAAGUGUCUGACCAGGAGAUACUUCCAACAAAAGACAAAGAAAAUUAUGUAUAUAAAUAUUUCAGAUAUUACCAUACAGUACUUAUCAUUCUUACUUGGAAAGUCUUCUUUUUGUUUGUUUAAGGGUGGUGGGAGGGGGAGUUUCUGUAUAUUUGUGGCGGAGUUAGUUACACAUCAGUUUGGGUGGUAAAUCAUUCCAGUGGUUCCAGGCCUUUAUCAAAGAGAGCUUUUUCUUCUCUUCCCUUGUCAUUCUUCUUGUGCUGCCUACAUGGAAAAAGAGGGUAUCAUGCACAGGUGCCACCCCUUUUUAUGAGGAAUAUAGAAACUUGGUGCAUCCUUAUUCUCUGAAAGUGAUUUUUUAAAAAAACAAACAAACAUACUGAAACCUUUGUUGACACCUAAUUCCAGCAUGUCCCCCUUAACAAUCUCUUUAUCUUAGUUCAGAAGUAAUCUUGGACACAUUCUCUAAAACUUUUGAGUGUGUAAGGAUUCAAGAGUCCCUUGGCAUGAAGAUGCACUCAGUCCUGCCAUUUUGUUAUUAGACAGGUGAGUGUGUCUGUAUAUCUGACUGGCACCUUUUCAGUGAAGAGUGGAGAGACCUUUUUUCAUAAAUUGUCCUAAGUCAAAAGUCCGUUGUGUCUCCCAAUCUCCAAAAGUCCUCAUAAAAUUUAGAAUCAGGAGCAUUAAAAAAACCCCACAUUUUUUUUAAAAAAAAUGUUUUUUAUCUUAGCAGGUGGAUUUUAGAUGAAAGAGAGAAUUGAAUAGGUCUGGUAAUGGAAUGUUAAAGCUUUCUAUAUCUCACUGCAAAAACUGAACUUGCACAUGUGCUUAGAUGGUUAAUUCUGAAUGCAAAUGUUGAAUGAGGUCUCUUAUUUCAUAAAUGUGCAGUUUUCUAAAGAUGCCAAAAAGUAUCCGUGGAAGGCGAUCUCUUAAACAAUGGCUAGAAACCUGUUCAUUUAAAUAUGUAGGGGUUUUUUGUUUUAAGAAGGCACCUAUUCUUGUGCCUUUUUAAAACUUGGUAAUAGAGGUGGGUAACCAACAAGGUGUGUGUGACCCUGUAAGUAGAAAUUGGAAGAUGUUUUCAUCUUCAAACACCAGAAGUAAAACCUUAGGGAUGGGGCUUAAAUACUUUUCAAGCAAAGCUGGUUCCCAGGACUUCACCCUUACCGACAACACCUGAGCUGCAAACAUGAAGCCGCGUGUGUUUGUUUUCAGUUGACAACUCAUAUAAUUUAUCUUUCUUUGGACAAGCUAGAGUUUAGGCACCCUCCCCUCCCCCCCCCCAAAAAUGCUUUUUUUCAAGUUGCAACUUGAAAUUUGUUACAGUUGGGGCAAGAAGUCCCACCGACCUCUUCCUUACGAGAGGGCUUAUUUGUUAGUCCGGUAGUAAGUUAAUCCUGUGUUAUAGAAAACAGUCACAAGCAAGCCCCGUGCUAUCACCCCACUUAAUAGUUUGACUUCUGUUCUGUUUGUUCUUGAAGGAGUAAUUUAAUCCCGGUUUCCCCCUGCUGAUCUUCCCAACUUGCAGUGAAUGCCAGGAUGCCCUUUAGAACAGCAGGGGACAGCAUGAACGAAAAAAGAGAGAGGCGCACGCACAAUGCUGCAGAUAUAAUCUUCCAACACUAGUUGGAAUGCUUUUAGUGCGCAGCUAGAAGCACUGGGCUUGAAUGGUUGACUCAGCACUAGGUGCAGAUCCUUUUUCUGAAUUAGAUCCUUUUUCAGCAAUUAGAGUAACCCAGAGGUUCAGUGCAAAUCCAGCCUUGGGUUAAGCAAGGCAGGUCAGAAAACAGGAUGAAAGGGAAAGUUUGGUCAAGAUUCUCGCUCAGCUGCCACCCUUUCCCCCCUAUGGUGCCCUAAGGAAGCAAUGCCUCAGAGUCUUGAAAGAUGCAGUUGAGGGGACUGAUUGAGAUCUUUUAGCCUUAGAAAUAGCCUUAAAGCAACACUGCCCUGAAUGUCAAACUUUGCAUGCACUGGAAACAAAAAUUGAACCUUACCACCCAUCCCACCCAUCCUUCACAGGUUCUGGGGUCACGUGUUCCAGUAUAAUAGGCUCUGUCUGCAACUUCUAGGUAUCAAUUGUGCAUGUACAUUUAUUUACAUAUAAUAUAUAUAUGUGCAUUGGGGUUACCAGCGUACAAAAUGGAUGUUUGUAACUCACUGCCUUCUGUUGAGUGUCCUUGAGAAAUGUAUAUAAAUACACCUCUAAGCAGUUUGUUUUUUCUAUACCAUAAGUUUGAUACUGUUCAGCAUUCAGUUUACAAUGUGCGAGCAGCCACAACUCUGUGUUGGAAGAUUCGCUGACCUGUCCUCCAAGAACUGAACAUGGAUUAAGCCCAUUCUUAGGGGGGAAAUGUUUGCUUCAGGCACAGGUCAUGUUGCAAUACCAUGUCUGUGGAAGGUGGGUGCAGGAGAUUAUUGAGGAUCAUGCUGCCAUUGAAGUGCGAUAGCAGGACAAGAGGAGAGGGAGGAAGAAGUUUUCCGGAGCAUGCCUUGUGGGUAAGGCACAAGCUACAUGUUACGUACAAGUGCAUUCAACAAUGCUUUGACACUGUAAUGUAAAGCAGCUUCAGGAGGGUGUGAUCUUAAGUGGAGUGGUAGAAAGGACAGAAGUGCUUUACAAGGAUAAGUACACAUCUGAAAUCCCAUGAAUAUCUGAAAGCCGGGGGGGGGGGCAGUGGACAAUGUACCAUAGUCUGAAGAUUGUGUUUUACAACUGUUUCUGGACUGUACUUCUACAGAUCACAGGUAGGGAAUCUUACGACAGAGUGCUCUCCCAAAUUUUAAAAUAAUAAUGAAAAUCGUUCCUUUGCAUACAGAAAGCCUGAUGUUGGGAAGAGGGUUCUUUAUUAGGCUUCUCCCCAUCAUGGCAGUAGUUCUGUGUGUAGAGCUUCUUUCUUUCUACAACAGAGUACUGUGUGAAAUGGUACAGUCCUCAAUAAGUUUGUAUCACAUAAUUUGCUGCUUCUGCAAAACUAUAGACAUAAGGCCACUUUUCAGUGCCAGGCAAAGCAGGAUACAUGUUCUUGCUUCCCUUUUCCUGUCUGCAAUGCACUGAGGGACUAGCAAGAGAGGGACGAGGGUAGUUUCAGCAUUCCAAGGUGGGCUUAAAAUAACCCCUGUGCCAUUGAUUGGGGUUCGCUUUAAGUAGAGACUGGUGGUGUGGAGAAUCUCUCCUCCAAUAUGGCUCUAGUAUUUAAAAGGUGGGAACCCAAGCAAGAGAAGCCCAUUUCUAAUGCUAGGUGGAAGAGAGCUGACUGUGCAAAGCAUUGUACUGUUACAUCUGACAACGUAUUUGCACAAUGCUAUGUGAAGAGUUGUUCUGGUUGGAUCUGAGAAGCCUCUUGAUUGGUUGUAGUUCCCCAGAGAACAUCAAUUGGCAGGGUUAGGUUUGGGAGUAUGGAUGUGUCCGAAACAUUAUUUUUUGAUGGUUCCUGUUUCUUGGAAGAUAGUAUGGCAAAUAACUCUCUCUUCUAAGCCAAAGGAGGAGGAUAACAUUCCCCCUUUCUCUUUGUUGGAUUUGUUUGAAUUAAACAGAGCCAUGAUGGAGACCAUAGGGAAAGGCCAAACAGAACUGCUGGCCACAUUGUGCUGAAUGCUUGGGUUUCUUUUUUAUACUGUGGAGCAUGCCACAAGCUAUAUGUGUGUUAACUACUAUUUUUUCCCCCUCUGCCUUCUUUGUCACUUUUGAAAUUUUUUAAUAAACAUUUUCUCCUGGUGUGUACUGUGUGAUGAAGCCCUAUGUUCCUUACAGACAGUAAGUAAAUUGUGACAUCUGAAUGUUUCACCCAUCUUGUCUCCAUAGCACUGGCAAAACCAGCCAUGGGAAUGGGGAACAAAUGGGGGCAUGGCAAAGAAACCAAGGGAAGAGAGGCCUUACCCUUACCAACUGUCGGGCUUAUUGGCCAGUUGAAUCCUACUCUUGUUUAGAAGAAAGCCAUGAGGAAACUCUCAGUUCCAAAAUGGGGCUUAAUUUAGGGGGAUAAAAUCGGCUUCUGAUACGCAGCGUGAACUAUCCCAAAACUAUCUGUUUCCCGUUUAGGCCAACUAAACAGGCUGUGGCUGUGGUCACUCCAAAGGGCUUGCUGCCAUUGCCCAGCCCUGCUACAGGUUGCAGCAAACCCAAGAACAAGAGAAUGCAUGCAAGUUUUUGCCUCUUGUUGGUUACAACAAACAGCCUGGCCUUUGCACUUAGUUGCCUCUAGAAAUGUGGAACAAGGGAUACAUCGGGGAGAAUGGCAGCCCCUCCCCAUCUCAACCCCUUGGCUGUGCUUCUGCCCAGAAAUCAUGUCCACUUGCUGUUGUCUUGCUUGUUUAUCUGAAUGUUAAAAUAAUCUGUCAAAAUAACUUUUUUAAGAAAUGAUAUAUGAAAACAAUUAAACAGCAGAAACGUCA